AUGAGAAGAAACAAGAUCCUGCAUAUCACAUGUGAGGCUGCGGAGACAAGGCCAAGCUGGCUGGGUCAGCUCGGCAGUGUUCAAAGAGAAGUAUCAACUGAUGUCUCUCUACAGAUGCAGGGAGGCAUGGAUCUCUCUGUUUUGCCAAAUAACAACCAUCCUGACAAGUUCCUGCAGCUCGAUGUGAAGUCUUUAAUGAGGAACUCAGCCCUUCUCCAGGCCAGCCUGGUGCGGUUUCCGGGAGGGAAUUACCCUGCUGCACAACACUGGCAAAACCUCGUCUACUCACAGAGAGAAAAGAAGAAUAUUACUGCUCAACACAUGAGGGGAUCCAGUAUGAAGGGCACUAUCACCGUAGAGAGCCCCCCACCAUCCUUAUCAUCAGUUUUGAAGAAUAACCCACUAUAUGGUGAUGUAAGUUUUGAGGAAGCUAUGGAAGAAAGGAAAAAGAAUCCUUCAUGGACCGCUGAGGAAUAUGACAAGCGUUCCCUGCACACCAACCUCUCUGGGCAUCUGAAGGAGAAUCCUAAUGACCUACGGUUUUGGUUGGGAGAAAUGUACACACCCGGUUUUGAUACCUUACUGAAGAAGGAAGAAGAACAAGAGAAGCAUUCAAAAUAUCGUCGUAUAGGUCUGAUUCUGUUCCUCGUAGCCUGCAUCUUGGUUUCCUUAGUGACUGUUAGCACUUUUUUCAUCUAA